AUGGCUCAGUCUCACCGCGCAGACGCUAGCGCAUUCCUCGAUAACCGUGGCUAUACUGGCCCGCUUGUUCGGGGACUUAACCCGGUGACACUAUUCGAAAAAGCGGUGCGCGACCGUAUCACGGACUCCUACUACUGGAAGGAACAGUGCUUCGGUUUGAAUGCAGCAACUCUCUGCGAUCGUGCGGUCGAGUUGACAUUCGUUGGUGGUACAUACGGUGUCUCCGAAAAGCCAUCACCAUUCCUCUGUCUCGCUUUCAAGCUUCUGCAGCUCAACCCCGAACGCGACGUCAUUCUCGAGUAUCUCAAUUUCAGCGAUCCGGGCAGUGAAGACGAUGGUGAAGGCGGCGCCCAGAAUGGAAUCCUGCAAUCUCGUGGAGACUUCAAAUAUCUACGGGCUCUCGCAGCGUUCUACGUCCGGCUUACAUUCAGCGCCGCCGACGUUUACAAGACCCUGGAGCCGUUGCUCCUCGAUUACCGGAAAUUGAAGCGUCGAGUUCGGGAUUCAUUCACCCUCACAUAUAUGGACCAAUUUAUCGAUGAUCUCCUGACGAAAGACCGUAUUUGUGGUACCAGUCUGUGGAAGUUGCCGUCGCGCUCCCAUCUGGAGGACUUGGAUAUGUUGGAGGAGCGAAUCAGUCCCCUCGCGGAUGAACUGGAGGAGCUCGACCAGAACAGCGAUGACGGCGAUCGGGAUUCUAGUGACAACGAUUCUUCAAGUCGGAAGGACAAUGGUGAUGAUGGCGACGAUUGA